AUGCCCUCCGACUUGUCAUCAUACCUAGCUACACGCUACCUAGUAGCAGACCCGAAACCUACCAAGAAACGCAAGCGCAAACAAGGCGCCGAGAACCAAGGCCUCAUCAUCGCUGAUGACGACGACAGCGGCUGGGGCAAUUCCGCAACACAUGACGAUGACGCCGAUUCAGGACCAGCCUUGGUGUCAGGCACGUCAGCAGAGUUCCGACGCGCAAAGAAAUCAAAUUGGAAGACGGUCGUCGCCAGCAGCAGCACCACCACGCACCCAAAAGAUGAUGACGGCGCCGCGGCAGCAGACGCCAUCCUUGCCUCGACGGCGGCAGAGAACGCCCGAGCAGCGGCAGCAGACGAUGAGAUGCCCGUAAUAGAAGGCAGUGGCGGCGACGAUACGGGCGUGGUCAAGAUGAGCGACGGCACGCACGCGGGCCUGCAGAGCGCCGCCGCCGUGUCGGCGCAACUGCGCCGCAGACAGCAGGCCGAGGAAGCCGAGUUUGCGAAGCUACGGAAGCACGGCAAGGAGGAGGAGACAGUCUACCGCGAUGCCACAGGCCGACGAGUCGAUGUGUCCAUGAAGCGCGCCGAGGCCCGCAGGCUGGCGGCGGAAGCAGAAGAGAAGGAGCGCCAAGCCAAGCUGGCACCCAAGGGCGACGUGCAGGUCGCGGAGGCCCGGAAGCGCAGGGAGGCGCUGGAUGAUGCCAAGCUCAUGACGUUUGCCCGGACGGCGGACGACGAGGAGAUGAAUCGGGACCUCAAGGAUCAGGAGCGGUGGAACGACCCCAUGGCCCAGUUCAUGAGCGAGAAAACGGGCGGCGCGGGCGCGAAGGGGAAAAGGGGGAAGAAGAGGCCAAUCUAUACUGGCGCUGCGCCGCCGAACCGGUAUGGCAUUAAGCCAGGGUACAGGUGGGAUGGCGUAGAUAGGAGUAAUGGCUUCGAAGGGGAACGGUUUAAAGCGAUCAAUCGGAGGGAAAGAAAUAAGGGGCUAGACUAUGCUUGGCAAAUGGAUGAAUAA